CUUGGUGUGUCGUCGCGCGCCGCACCGCUCGGCUCAGAUGCGCCGCCUGCUCCUCGUCGCGUCGCUCGCGCUCGCUUCGGCGCGGGCGCCCUGGGCGCGCCGGACGACGACGACGACCGCGUCGCCGGCGGCGCCCCCGAGCGGCGCGGCCUUCGUCGCGUCGCUCAAGGCCGGCGAGCUGCGCGCCGCGGCGCGCAUCGCGGCGCCGGCCUACGCGGCCUGGUGGACGCACCUGCUCGAGGACGCGCCCGAGCACGUCUUCAUCGAGACCGUGCUCAUCUGCUUCCUCGCGUACCUCUUCCUCUGCGGCCGCCGCGCCGCCAAGGCGCCGAAGCUGAGCCGGCGGGAGGUCGACGAGCUCGUGGACGACUGGGAGCCCGAGCCCCUCGUGCCCGCGCUGAGCGGCGCGGCGAGCGAGAUCGUGGGCCGCUGGAAGGUCGUCGAGUCCGCGGACGACCGGGGCUUCGUGACGCUCCGGGGCAAGCGGCGGUCGUCGACGGGCCUCGCGAGCCUCUUCUCCGGGUCCGAGGCCGCGCCGACGAAGCUAUUAAAUUGCGCGUCCUUCGACUUCCUGGGCAUGUCCGGCGCGCGCGAGGUCCGCGACGCGGCCGCCGCCGCGCUGACCAAGUACGGCUGCGGGUCCUGCGGCCCCCGCGGCUUCUACGGGUCCAUCGACGUCCACGAGCAGCUCGAGGUCGAGGUCGCGGCGUUCUUGGGCGUCGAGCGCGCCAUCGCCUUCAGCGACUCGGCGAGCUGCUGCACGUCGACGGUCGCGGCGUUCGCGAAGCGCGGCGACUUGCUCGUCGUCGACGACGGCGUCUGCGAGCCGCUGCGCACGGGCUGCGUGCUGUCGCGGGCCACGGUGCUGCCCUACAAGCACAACGACGCCGGCGACCUCGAGCGGGUGCUGGCGGCCGUCGCCGCCGACGACGCGGCCAAGGGCCGCGCGCCGGGCACGCAGCGCCGCUUCGUCGUCUGCGAGGCCGUCUCUCGCGACGUCGGCGACGUCGCGCCGCUCGACGAGCUGCUCCGGCUCAAGGACGCCUACGGCUACCGCCUCAUCCUCGACGAGUCGCUGAGCGUCGGCGUGCUCGGGUCGACGGGCCGGGGCAUCAAGGAGCUCUUCGACGUCGCGGACCCGAAAGCCGUGGAGAUCACGACCGUCGACAUGUCGCCGGCCUUUGGGUCUUUGGGCGGCCUCUGCGUGGGCACGGAGGAGGUCAUCGACCACCAGCGGCUCAGCGGCGCGGGCUACUGCUUCUCCGCGGCGGCGCCGCCCUUCUACAGCGCCGCGGGGCUCGCGGCGCUCGCGCUCGUCGCCAAGGACCCGCCGUUCGCGCGGCUCCGGGAGAACGCGUGGCGCCUCAAGACGAAGCUCGUCCUCGUCUUCGCGGCGGCCAAGGCCCACCCGAAGCUCACGCUCGUCUCCGACGACGCCAACGACGUGCCCUUCGCGCUCCUCAAGCUCUCGCGGCCGCGGGAGCCUGGCGCGGACCUCCGCGCGCUCGAGGACCUCGUCGACGCGCUCAUCGACCGCGGCUUCUGCUGCUGCGUGUCCAAGUACGACGAGUCCGUCUACGGCCGCGCGACGAAGAACACGGCGCUCCCGGCCAUGCGGCCCAAGCCCCUCGCGCUCAAGGUCGCCGUCACGGCCAAGCACGAGCCGGCGACCGUCGACGCGCUCGUCGCCGCCAUCGUCGACGCCGCGGGGCCCUAGGGGCCCCCGCGAUGCCCGCGUAACCUCGCGCAUCCCGUCCAAGGGCAACUAGCCGGCGGUGCCGCGCUCGACCGGGUGAAGAAUCAGUUACGGAGCGCCGCGUCGGA